GCUAGGAAUGGGCGUGGUCAGAGCUGGGUCCCCAUCCUCGUGUGCCAGCUGUGGAAACUUCCUGGAGGGAGAUUUAUUUUAUUUUUUCCUUUUUAAUUAACCAGGCAGGCUUGGACUGUGAGGUUUUCUUGUGGAGGAAGAGGGGUGCUGUUUAUGGACAUGGGGUUUGUGUUUGUUCCGGAAGAAGACGAUGGUGGCCUUGAAGGCUUCGAGGAUUUCUUCCCUGCAGAGCCUGUGAGCCUUCCCAAGAAGAAGCCUAAGAAGCUGAAGGAGACCAAGUCCAAGGGGAAGCGGAAGAAGAAGGAGGGGAGCAAUGAUGAACUGUCAGAAAAUGAGGAGGAUCUGGAAGAGAAGUCGGAGAGUGAAGGCAGCGAUUAUUCCCCCACCAAGAAGAAGAAGAAGAAACUGAAGGAGAAGAAGGAGAAGAAAGCCAAGCGGAAAAAGAGGGAUGAAGAUGAGGAUGAUAAUGACGACGGAUGCUUGAAGGAGCCCAAGUCCUCGGGGCAGCUCAUGGCGGAGUGGGGCCUUGAUGAUGUGGACUACCUGUUUUCAGAAGAAGACUACCAUACUCUGACCAACUACAAGGCUUUCAGCCAGUUCCUCCGGCCGCUCAUUGCCAAGAAGAACCCGAAGAUCCCCAUGUCCAAAAUGAUGACUGUCUUGGGGGCCAAGUGGCGAGAAUUCAGCGCCAACAACCCAUUUAAGGGUAGCUCAGCGGCGGCGGCUGCGGCGGCUGUAGCCGCCGCUGUGGAGACUGUGACCAUCGCUCCUCCACUUGCCAUCAGUCCCCAGCAGGUGCCCCAACCUCUGCCCAUCCGCAAGGCCAAGACCAAAGAGGGCAAGGGGCCUGGAGUGAGGAAGAAGAACAAAGGCGCCAAAGACUCCAAGAAAAAGGGGAGGGGCAAGCGCGUGGCGGGGCUCAAGUUUCGCUUUGGAGGAGGCAUCAGCAAGAGGAAGAAGGGUUCCUCGAGUGAGGAGGACGAGCGUGAGGAGUCAGAUUUGGACAAUGCCAGCAUCCACAGCUCCUCGGUGCGCUCCGAGUGCUCUGCAGCUCUGGGAAAGAAGAGCAAGAGGAGGCGCAAGAAGAGGAGGAUUGAUGACGGCGACGGCUAUGAGACAGACCACCAGGACUACUGUGAAGUGUGCCAGCAGGGCGGGGAGAUCAUUCUGUGUGACACGUGCCCGAGGGCCUACCACCUGGUCUGCCUGGACCCGGAGCUGGAGAAGGCUCCGGAGGGCAAGUGGAGCUGCCCACACUGUGAGAAGGAGGGGAUCCAGUGGGAGCCGAAGGACGAUGACGAGGAAGAGGAGGAGGGCGGCUGUGAGGAGGAGGAGGACGAUCACAUGGAGUUCUGCCGCGUGUGCAAGGACGGUGGCGAGCUUCUGUGUUGCGAUGCCUGUCCCUCCUCCUACCAUCUGCACUGCCUCAACCCGCCGCUGCCCGAGAUCCCGAACGGUGAAUGGCUCUGCCCGCGCUGUACUUGUCCCCCCCUGAAGGGCAAAGUUCAGCGGAUCCUACACUGGAGGUGGACCGAACCCCCAGCUCCCUUUAUGGUGGGGCUGCCAGGACCAGAGGUGGAGCCAGGCAUGCCCCCGCCCAAGCCUCUGGAGGGCAUUCCUGAGAGAGAAUUCUUUGUCAAGUGGGCUGGGCUCUCUUACUGGCACUGCUCCUGGGUGAAGGAGCUACAGCUGGAGCUAUACCACACCGUGAUGUAUCGCAACUACCAAAGAAAGAAUGAUAUGGACGAGCCACCACCCUUUGAUUACGGCUCUGGUGACGAGGACAGUAAGAGCGAGAAGCGGAAGAACAAGGACCCUCUCUAUGCCAAGAUGGAGGAGCGCUUCUACCGCUACGGCAUCAAGCCCGAGUGGAUGAUGGUCCACCGCAUCCUGAACCACAGCUUUGACAAGAAGGGGGAUGUGCAUUACCUGAUCAAGUGGAAGGAUUUGCCCUAUGACCAGUGCACCUGGGAGAUUGACGACAUCGACAUCCCCUACUAUGACAACCUGAAGCAGGCCUACUGGGGCCACAGGGAGUUGAUGCUGGGAGAGGAUGCCAGGGUUCCCAAGAGGCUGGUCAAGAAGGGCAAGAAGCUGAAGGACGACAAACAGGAGAAGCCACCGGACACGCCCAUCGUGGAUCCCACAGUCAAGUUCGACAAGCAGCCAUGGUACAUUGACGCCACAGGAGGCACACUGCACCCUUACCAGCUGGAGGGCCUCAACUGGUUACGUUUCUCCUGGGCCCAGGGCACUGACACUAUCCUGGCUGACGAGAUGGGUUUGGGCAAGACGGUGCAGACCAUUGUGUUUCUCUAUUCCCUGUACAAGGAGGGCCACUCCAAGGGGCCUUACCUGGUUAGCGCGCCCCUGUCCACCAUCAUCAACUGGGAACGCGAGUUUGAGAUGUGGGCACCUGACUUUUACGUGGUCACCUAUACGGGGGACAAGGAGAGCCGCUCUGUGAUCCGUGAGAACGAGUUUUCCUUCGAGGACAACGCCAUUCGCGGUGGGAAGAAAGUAUUCCGCAUGAAGAAGGAAGUGCAGGUCAAAUUCCAUGUGCUGCUCACCUCCUAUGAGCUCAUCACCAUCGACCAAGCCAUCCUGGGCUCCAUUGAGUGGGCCUGCCUUGUGGUGGACGAGGCCCACCGGCUCAAGAACAACCAGUCCAAGUUCUUUAGGGUCUUGAAUAGCUACAAGAUAGACUACAAGCUGUUGCUGACAGGGACCCCCCUCCAGAACAACCUGGAAGAGCUAUUCCAUCUCCUCAACUUCCUGACUCCAGAGAGGUUCAACAAUCUGGAAGGCUUCCUGGAGGAGUUUGCUGACAUCUCCAAAGAAGACCAGAUCAAAAAACUGCACGACCUGCUGGGGCCGCACAUGCUCCGGAGGCUCAAGGCCGAUGUCUUCAAGAACAUGCCAGCCAAGACAGAGCUGAUCGUGCGUGUGGAGCUGAGCCAGAUGCAGAAGAAGUACUACAAGUUCAUCCUCACGCGGAACUUUGAGGCGCUCAACUCCAAGGGGGGCGGCAACCAGGUGUCUCUGCUGAACAUCAUGAUGGACCUGAAGAAGUGCUGCAACCAUCCGUACCUCUUCCCCGUGGCCGCUGUGGAGGCCCCCGUAUUGCCCAAUGGCUCCUACGAUGGCAGCUCCCUGGUCAAGUCCUCGGGGAAGCUCAUGUUGCUGCAGAAGAUGCUCAAGAAGCUGCGGGAUGAAGGACACCGAGUGCUCAUCUUCUCCCAGAUGACAAAGAUGUUGGACCUCUUGGAGGACUUCCUGGAGUAUGAGGGCUACAAGUACGAGCGGAUCGACGGGGGCAUCACUGGCGGGCUCCGGCAAGAGGCCAUCGACAGAUUCAAUGCUCCCGGGGCCCAGCAGUUCUGCUUCCUGCUCUCGACACGUGCCGGCGGCCUGGGCAUCAAUCUGGCCACGGCGGACACAGUCAUCAUCUAUGACUCGGACUGGAACCCACACAAUGACAUCCAGGCCUUCAGCCGCGCUCACCGCAUCGGACAGAACAAGAAGGUGAUGAUCUACCGCUUCGUGACACGGGCCUCCGUGGAGGAGCGCAUCACUCAGGUGGCCAAGCGCAAGAUGAUGCUCACACACCUGGUGGUGCGGCCUGGCCUGGGCUCCAAGUCAGGCUCGAUGACCAAGCAGGAGCUGGAUGACAUUCUUAAGUUCGGCACUGAGGAACUCUUCAAGGACGAUGUGGAGGGGAUGAUGUCCCAGGGCCAGAGGCCGGCCACACCUAUCCCCGAUGUACAGUCCUCCAAGGGUGGAUCUUUGGCUGCCAGUGUGAAGAAAAAGCAUGGCAGCACCCCGCCAGGUGACAAUAAGGACGUGGAAGACAGCAGUGUGAUCCACUAUGAUGAUGCGGCCAUAUCCAAGCUCCUGGAUCGGAACCAGGAUGCCACCGAUGACACGGAGCUACAGAACAUGAAUGAGUACCUGAGCUCCUUCAAGGUGGCACAGUACGUGGUCCGUGAGGAAGACGGCGUGGAGGAGGUCGAGCGGGAGGUGAUUAAGCAGGAGGAAAAUGUGGACCCUGACUACUGGGAGAAGCUCCUGCGCCACCACUAUGAGCAGCAGCAGGAGGACCUGGCCCGCAACCUGGGCAAGGGCAAGCGUAUUCGCAAGCAAGUCAACUACAACGACGCCUCCCAGGAGGACCAGGGUGCGUGUGAGUGGCAGGAUGAGCUCUCAGACAACCAGUCCGAGUAUUCCAUUGGCUCUGAGGAUGAGGAUGAGGACUUUGAGGAGAGACCCGAGGGGCAGAGUGGACGGCGACAAUCUAGGAGGCAGCUGAAGAGUGACAGGGACAAGCCCCUGCCGCCUCUUCUGGCUCGAGUUGGGGGCAACAUUGAGGUGCUGGGCUUCAAUGCCAGACAGAGGAAGGCCUUUUUGAACGCCAUCAUGCGCUGGGGUAUGCCCCCGCAGGACGCCUUCAACUCCCACUGGUUGGUGCGGGACCUUCGUGGGAAGAGUGAAAAGGAAUUUCGAGCCUAUGUGUCCCUCUUCAUGCGGCACCUGUGUGAACCGGGGGCAGACGGCGCAGAGACCUUCGCAGAUGGUGUGCCCCGGGAGGGCCUGUCCAGGCAGCAUGUGCUCACUCGUAUCGGGGUCAUGUCGCUGGUUAGGAAGAAGGUUCAGGAGUUUGAGCACGUCAACGGGAAGUAUAGCACCCCAGACAUGGUCCCUGAGGGACCCGAGGGCAAGAAGCCCUGUGAGGUGAUCUCCUCGGAUCCCAACACGCCCUUGCCUGCCAGCCCUGCGCAGCUCCCACCAGCUCCACUGGGCCUGCCAGACAAAAUGGAAGCCCAGCUGGGCUACAUGGAUGAAAAGGAGUCAGGCAUGCAGAAGCCAAAGAAGCCCCAGGAAAUCCAGGCCCUGCCAACUGCCUUGGACAGAGCAGAGGGUGAAGAUAAGCAUCAGAACUCAGACAGCAAGGACAGAGCUCGAGAGGAGAGGAUGGAGGAGGUGGAGAAGGCCCAGGGCUCUCCGGAGCAGCCUCCAAAAGAGGAAGUGCUGUCAGACAAGGAGCCGAUCCCAGACAAGCUGGAGCCGAGCCCGAGUCAAGGCAGCGAUUACAGGCCAGAUGACUCCAAGGCUGAGGAGAAGGAGCCCAUGGAGACACAGCAAAAUGGUGACAGAGAGGAAGAUGAGGAGGGGAAGAAAGAAGACAAGAACGGGAAAUUCAAAUUCAUGUUCAACAUUGCAGAUGGGGGCUUCACAGAACUGCACACACUGUGGCAGAAUGAGGAACGGGCUGCUGUGUCCUCGGGAAAAAUCUAUGAAAUCUGGCACCGCCGCCAUGACUACUGGCUGCUGGCAGGCAUUGUGACGCAUGGCUAUGCCCGCUGGCAGGACAUUCAGAAUGAUCCACGUUACACAAUCCUCAACGAGCCCUUUAAAUCUGAGAUCCACAAGGGCAACUACUUGGAAAUGAAGAACAAGUUUUUGGCCCGCAGGUUCAAGCUGCUGGAGCAGGCACUGGUGAUCGAGGAACAGCUCCGGAGGGCUGCGUACCUCAACAUGACCCAGGAUCCCAACCACCCAGCCAUGGCUCUCAAUGCUCGCCUGGCAGAAGUGGAGUGCCUUGCUGAGAGUCACCAGCACCUAUCCAAGGAGUCCCUUGCCGGGAAUAAGCCUGCCAAUGCUGUGCUGCACAAGGUCCUGAACCAACUGGAGGAGCUGCUGAGUGACAUGAAGGCAGAUGUGACGCGCCUGCCCUCCAUGUUGUCACGCAUCCCCCCGGUGGCUGCCCGUCUGCAGAUGUCCGAGCGCAGCAUCCUGAGUCGCCUAACCAACCGUGCUGGCGACCCCACCAUCCAGCAGGGCGCUUUCGGCUCCUCCCAGAUGCACAACAGCAGCUUUGGGCCCAACUUCCGGGGCCCUGGACCGGGAGGGAUUGUCAACUACAACCAGAUGCCCCUGGGGCCCUAUGUGACUGCCGGGCCACCUGCCCAACCCCCAUGGGAGAGAAAAGCUACAGCCCUUUUAGGAGUUGGUGCCGUGUUGGGAUACAAAAGGGAAACCAAGCAAUUCUAUCACGCAGAGGACAAGGGCCAGCCUGGCUGCACAAAAGCCCAGAAAUGCCACCUCAUCAUAGUUGAAGUAUCCUUCUGCACGGCGUCCCACCCACGGCCAUGCUGGGCAAGGCCUGGCACCUUUGCCAGAGUGACUUACUUAGAGGAAAUCCCAUUCACCUGUACUUUUUUUGCACUUUCCUACCGAAGAUGCGAACGUGUUUGUCUUGAUAAAAAGUUGGAUGACGUGUGGAAGAUUCAGACUUGCAACACUCCUGUCUGUCACCCAGCUCCAGACCUCAAGGGGAAGUUCUCUGGAGGCCCCUGGCGCUGCUCUGUGGACUCAUCCCAGCUGGGGAGAAAGCAGCAUCCUGUGUUCUGGAAGCCCUUAGUGUGUCCCCUGCUGUCUGAACCUGUGUGACUACCCUUCUGCUCUGGCCCCCUGCCUACUUGGGACCCUAGCGUUAGGAGGGAUCAGGUCUGGAGAGUGGCUGCCUAACCUGGUGAAGCCUGGGCUGGGGUUUUCUAUCUCCUUCCUACUGGGGUUAGGGACCACCAGGUACAUUUCAUGUGCUGGCAGGGGCACACAUCUCAAAGGCUCUGGGAUCUGUUGUUGCCAGUGGACAUGUGGAGGCCCCAGCGAUGUGUGGGAGGUAGAAGAAGGUGCCUCAGAAGGUGAGGCAAAUAUGGGCCAAAGGCCCUACAGGGGCUUCUGGACAUUUACUGUUUGCGGGAGUGUGGUGUAGGCAGGUGGGAGCCAGUGCUCCAGGAAAGAGGGUCAUGUUCGUUGUGUGACCCUGGGAGACUUGUCCCACUCACCUUGGCACACAUCCUGGGUUACAGAUGUCAAGGAGCCAGGCCCUCCUGGGGAUGGACUUUUCUCUGUUCUCUUGGUCCUAGAGAGGACUUGGCUAGGGCAGCGGCUGCACGAAGUAAGGGCCACAGUGGCCCUUGCUGGUUCUCAGAGGGUGUGGGGAGAGCUGUGCUUGGAGGUGGCUUCUUUAGAUCCUUCCUAGCUGGAGCCUCUGAGGCUUCUGGCCUUAUUUCCUGCAGGGUUGCCUUGGAGUGGCAGGACCAUCUUCCACCUCAGUGUUGGCAUGUCAACCUGUCUUGCUCCACCCUAGCCCAUAGCACGGUGUAACACUCCAUGCUGGGGUAUGGGUGGGGUAGAUCUGCUCUUGGCCUAUAUUCGACCUUCUUGAUGGCCCUGGCUCAACCCAGAGACUUGCAAGCUCUUGCCUUGGCGCUUCCUAGGCAGGUGCCCUGGGGUUCAGUAUACCCUGAAGAUGAGGAAGGGACUUCUGGGGAGAAGCCCAUUGGGUCUGAGGUCAGGGAGCUUGGAGCAGGUUCAGAGUCUCCUCCAGGGGAAAGGAGUGAGGGGUACACAGUGUCUCUGGGCCCGCCAAGAACGGGGCAGGUCUUCACGGCCUGUCUUAAGGACACUUGGGCAGUUGCCCAGCUUUUACUUGGCCCAGAUGUGCACAUCUGUAACGUAGUUCCUCCCCUCUGAACCCACGGAGGGCUGGACCCCCACGGCUUCUUUCAUUGUGGCAACCCCACACUUCAGUCUCUCUCCAAAUCUCAAGGCCAGCGGACUGGCUGGACACUGUGGGUAGGCAGAGGGGGACUCUGGUCAUAGACAGGACCUCUGCAGGCUUAAGCAUGCCCGUAGGUCUCCAGGGUGUGCAUCAUGGUGGCUGACUCCAGUCUCUAAGAAGGGCUGUCCCCUGCAUGGGAGUGGCUGCCGUCAGCUUGUUCCCCAACCCAGGACCCCCGUGCUCAUCCCACUGGGCAAGACAGUCACUCCUGCUGGCCACAUUCAGAACAGUGCUCACCUCCUUUGCCCCGGGUGACAGAUCCUGACACUUGUGUCUGGAGGCACAAGUGGGACAGAGACAGGCCUGUGACUCUGUUUCAAGGGUUCACCUUUUCCCUGACGAUGUCUCCCAGGAGUCUUGCUCUGUCCCUCAUCCCCACUUCAUCCUACGCCGCCUUGGCCUACUCCUCUCCAUGGCCACUUUGACCUGAGCCCCCUGAUGGCCGGGGAAGGUCUAUGUUCCCCAUGGCCAGCACUUGGGAGGUUCUGGAGGGUAGACUGCCCAGGCAGCUGGGGAGAGGAAAAAGGCCCUUCAGGGUGUUCCUAUCUUGGUCCCUCAGCCAUCUCCUGCCAGAGAGUGAUGGAGGAGAGGUGGCAUCUUGAGGUUGGCUCUGGUUUUCUGCAGAUGGAAUUGGGGUCCCCAUGCCCAAGCUACCAAGAGCCACGGUGACAGCAUUUUCACACGCUUUGAUUCACUCAGCUCUGUGGGAUUUCUGUGGAAGGUGCAGGCGGCUCUCAGGUGACACAGGGAAUUUGGGUCGGAGCUCCAACAUCCGAGGGCACCCCAUGCACUCCUGUGCACGUCUGUGAAGUGCCUCCUCCACUUCCUGUACCCCAGGGUCACCUGUGAGCCUGGGCUCUCUCCCCCACCCUCUGGGUGCUCCCAACCCAUAUAGGUUCAUAGGCUCAGUGACACCUGCAACCACUCUCCUAAGUCUUGAGGCCCUGCAGGGGGCAUGCUGAGGGUGAGCUAGGGGGGGCAGGCGUUGAUGCUUGGAGCCUCUAGUGUGUGCCAAGGAAGGGGGAUGGGGGCCUCGGCUGACUCUCCCUCCACCUUAACUGCCUAGGCCUGCCCUAUGCAGAGCACAGCAUGGAGGAGGAAGCUAACCCACCCAAUUUAUAUACCCGGAAGUUUACAGGUUGUGGUGCGUCAGCCCAAAGUCGUCGGUGUCCUUGUGUUUAAUGGAUAUUUUCCCUCUUAAUUUUCAGAUUUUUUUUAAACAAAGUAUUUUUUUAGGUGCGAUAACCCGGAAAGGGCCUGUUGGGUGUGUGUGUACGUCCUGAACUCUCCACAUAGCCACAUAGGGACCAGAGCCCAGCUCAGAGGCAGCUCCUCCACCCAGCCUGGAGAGGAGGGAGGGCCCUCUGCUGCCUGCCAGGGUCAAGCUAGACUCUCCAGGGAGUUCUCUUCCUGCCCAGGCCAGGCCAGCAUCUGUCGCACUGGAGCCCCAUCCAGCACAACCUGGUGAAGCAGGAGCAGGCACUUGGGGCUAGCUGGGGUCCCAGGGGCAUAUACCCCAGCUCCUUUGAAGGCUGUCCUGGGGGAGGCUGGACAGGCUAGCCAACUGUUAUUUUCACUCGUAUUCUGUGUAUGUUUUGGUUUCUGUGUUUUAAUAAACCCUUUGGGAAGGGACGGAA